AUGAACGGAAGCUCGGUGCAAGAGCAAGCGCUGAAGGAUCUUGGACCUGCCGCUGAGAGAAUCCGUGAACAAGGACGAUCACAGGCCACUAAGCCUCCACGACGCCCAGACGCCUACGCAGCAGACACGAACGACGACGACGACGACGACGACGAUGACGACGACGGCAACGGCAAUGCGAACGCGAACGCGAACGCGAACUCGAACUCGAACUCGAACUCGAACUCGAACUCGAACUCGAACUCACGGUCCCACGAUGACACGACCUCCACAGACACCGAGACCGACCCCGAAUCCGACUUCCAAGCCACAACGACAACAACCACCGCCCGCCCUCCCGCCGACCCCACGAGCCGACAUAGAAACCUACCUCUUGGAAGAUACGUAAUACUCGGGUGCCAGGGAGCUGGCAGGCUUGCAGAGGGGUGA